ACCUACAUUCAUGUUUUUAUAAUUCGUUAUGCAAAUUACGAAGUAAUAAAAGUUCACCAGUGCUCUUUAAGUUACAAUUAGGGCCUAUUGUGUGUGGUCUACAGGUCGCAGAUCAUCACCAAUCGAAAAUGGCACAGCAAGGGAUACAGCAGAUUAUUGAAUCUGCUGUACUGCAAAUCUCAAAUCAAUUAAGAGAACCCCAAAGUUAACGCCACGGCCCUCGAGAAUCUCGAUUUGAGUCUGUCGUGUCCGGGUCCGGGGCAAUGUCCGGGGAAAUGUCCGGACCCAUUGCUAGUGAUAGGCAUAAUACCGAGGCUCAUCAUUAGACACAGCGAACGAACUACCACGGUAUUUUGCGGAUUUCCCCCAAAAAAGACAUGAAAAUUUAUAUGAAGUUUACAACGAACGGUAAUAAUAUAAAUUUGUCCUGUAAUGUUUUAUUUGGAUUAAUUUUGACAAUUAUGAAGUUAAAAACAACUCAAAAAUGUAAUUUUAAAGAUGCUUUGGUUGAUAUUAUGAACCAACUAGUUCUAGUAGAAUUGCCUCGAAAACAAUACCGUGGUCAAGCUGCAGAUGUUAUUGCAAUCGACAUGUUAGUGCAGGGGCUUAUGUAUUUUUGUUGUUCGCAAUUCAUGUUAAUUAAUGGCAACAACGCUCUUCCGACUCUUUUUUACUGAACAAGAAAAAUAUUGGUGCCAAUUUUUUCGAGGUUAAGUGGCCGCCAUCUUGAAAAACAAGAUGGCACACAAUUUUACAAUAAUUGUCUCACGUGUUUUAGUAGAAAAUGAUUAUUUAAACAUACGCAACAGAUUCAUUGUAACCCUACACUCUCGGAAAACAGGAAAAAGUGUAUUGCGCGGUAGACUUUAAUCGUUUGAACUUACACCUUUCGAUCGGUGGCGCUCGAUGACAAUCGGUGCGUUCGUAAAUAAAAAGGUACAAGCUUAACUAAACAAAUACAUAAAAAGGAGAAAUAUGCAUAAAAAAUAUACAUAUAAACACAUAAAACUAAAAACAAAAGUACGGUAAGUCACAGAAAUGAGAGAGUAGGUAGCCCCUGGAAACCAAGAAAGUUCAAAGAGCUUUCUCCUGUCUCCAACUUAAUAACAAUUAUGACUACUGUAGCUACAUAAUAAAAAAAUAUUACACAUGUUCAGCAAUACAGAAUUUAAUUUACAAUAAGGAUUGAACAUGCUUAAUUUAUGAUCUCUUUUUCCAUAAAAGAUAUAAAAAACGCUUUUGCGUACUUACAUCAGAGCAUGGAGGUAUCAUCCUCCAUGAUCAGAGCAUGAUACCAAGGCCAUAACGUAGCAAUAAUUUCCGGUGGUAUCUGGAAACUGGGAUUCCGAACGGUUUUGGCAAGAGGUAUCAAUUAGACACCACCGGCAGAAGCAGCAUAAACAAGAAGACACGUCUUUUAACCAAACGCAUCGACGGAAGGCAACAAGAACUAUGAGAACAAAUAUCUUAUUUAUUGGGAUACUGGUUAGCCAAGUAUUACAAGCAAAACUAGGUUCAGGGACAUACUCAUUGAAUGGGAUUGAUUGCAAACGCCAAUGCAAGUGGCCGGCCGAACCCGCGGUUUGCCGUUUCAAUUUUAACAUAGAUUGGUAUUAAUCUAUGUCUAAAGCGUGCUAUGAUUGUCCGUUCAAUUUAACGCAUUGCAAAUCACCGGAUUGUAUACCACUCAAUGGCGUAAAGAGAGGCAUACUUGUCGCAAACAAACAGUUUCCAGGGCCUAGUAUUGAGGUAUGUGAAGGAGACAUAAUCGAAGUUGAGGUUAUUAACAAUCUUCCUAGUGGAGAAGGGACGGCUCUUCAUUGGCAUGGUCUUCAUGUACGAGAAUCGCCGUACAUGGAUGGAGUCACGAUGAUAACCCAAUGUCCAAUCACAUCUUAUACCAACUUCUUGUAUUGGAUGAAAGCUGACCCGGUUGGCACUCACUGGUGGCACAGCCACGCCGGAUUCCAAAGGGCGGAUGGAUUGUUUGGCGCCCUCAUUGUACGACAAGCGCCCUCUCGUUACCUUUAUUAUACAGAAGAGGACGACAAGGAUCUGGGCAAACCUGAUAAACAGUUCUAUAUGGCAGUGGACAUCGGAUCUGUGAAUAAUGACCGUUACCAUAUUCCCGUGUACUAUCCAUUGGAACGAUUUGGUGUCGACUACCGGCUGGAGAUCGCCCAAAUGAAUGAAAUCAGCUUUCUUCUUCCACCAUCACCACCUCUUACGCAAUACGAUGAUUUAAGCGAAAAUCAAUUCUGUACUAAAGAAACAGCCUUCAGAACAAAGAACUGUACCGCCGAAUAUUGCGAAUGUACACAGAUUAUUGAGGUCGACCUGGGUGAUGUCGUAGAGCUAAUGGUGGUAAAUGAAGCCUCGAUAAUCCCUGUCAGCCAUCCAAUACAUCUACACGGAUAUCACUUUCGAUUUAUCGGAGAAGGGAAGAUUGGAGAUACAACUACAGUUGAAGAGGUGAAAGCAAUGGACAAAGCAGGUAACCUGACUCGCAAAUUACACGGAGCUGUCAGGAAGGACACGUUUGUAGUUGACGAUGGUGGAUAUGCAAUCAUAAGGUUCCAUGCAGACAACCCAGGCUGGUGGAUGUUCCAUUGCCAUCUCGUUACCGACUUUAAGCUUGGAAUGGGCGUGCUGAUUAAAGUCGGGGAGCAGUCGGACUUACCGGAGGUACCUCCAAACUUUCCCCGAUGCGGCUCGUUUAAUGGCCAACAGAGGUCCGAGGUAGAUAAUAUCAAAGACAAACCGGGAAGCGCUUCAGCUGCAUUCAUUAGCAUUUAUGUCCUUUUGUUCUUGUUCAUCUGUAUCAAAGUUCUCUAGAUUAGGUCAUAUUGUUUUUUUUAAUACAGCAAAAUUUAAUUUUGUAUGUAAUAUGUUUUCCUUUAUUUGGUUGGCAGAAUCACUUGAAUGGAUUUCGAGGAUAAAACAAAUAAAAAACAAAUACAGUUUGUUCUUCCAAGUUAGUUUAAAAGUUCAUAAUGUUAGGCCCUAUAUCAAGCAGUUAUUACAUUUUAAUUUUGUUAUAUAUAAUGAUAACAUCAAUGCACCGAUGUCAAUCAAUCUAUUGUUUAUUUAGACAAGAGUAUUUUUCUGGUAUGGUUAUUAUUCCAGAAGCCACAGCCAGGCAAAAGUAGAAAGCCUGAACAAAGUAUACCUAGAGCCAUGCAGAAAGCGAAAGGAAGGGGAACAGUUUCAAAGUUGAUGAUGAUCAAACAGUAAUUAGAUUUCAAGUUUGAUAUUUCAACUUAACAAUGAUAACAUCCUUCAAAUUGAUGGUUAUCAAACAGUUAUUAGAUUUCAAAUUUGAUAUUUUAACUUAGAAAUGAUAACAUCAAUUAUUCAAAUACUAAUAUUUUCAGGCAAAGUAGAAAGCCUAAACAAAGUAGUAGCUUUAGGAUGCAGAGGCGGAUUUGGAAGUAAGAAAAUAAAAAAUAAAUAAAUGAAGAAAGAAAAAGAAAUUAUUGAUCUCUCAGAAGUUACAGAAAACACCGAUUUCCCAGUGGCCUUAGGAUAAUGUUGUCUCUCAUCGUCCCCCCACCCCCACUUUCGCACAUCUCUGGAUCUGCCCCUAGGAUGUGUUCCAUUUACUGUUAUGAGUUGUGGUAGUUAAUAAGAUUUUGGUAUUGGUAGAAGUUAGUCCUGCGAAUAAAUACUAACAGAGAUUUUU